CUUGUUCUUCCUCUCUCUGCUUGCACAAGUUUGCCAUCCAAAUGGAAAACACAAUCUCUGAAGUAAUGAGAUCACUCCCUCCAGGAUUCAGAUUCCAUGCCACUGAUGAGGAGCUUCUGAUUCAAUACUUGAAGCCCAAAAUACUGGGACAACCCGGCGAACACUACUACGAUGUAAUACCGGAGAUCGAUGUAUGUGAAUUCGAACCUUGGCAAUUGCCCGCCAUGUUCCGUCACAUGUUCAACAGUAAGGAGCUGUUUUUCUUUUGUCAUUUGAAGCGCAAGUACUUUAACAGCAAGCGCUCCGACCGCACAACCAAAGCCGGUUACUGGAAAGUAACGGGCAAGGAACGCGCCAUCAUGAGCGAGGACACCAAUGCGCCGAUAGGAAUCAAGAAGACACUGGUGUUCUACGAGGGCCGCGUGCCUAAAGGCAAAAGGACCAACUGGGUGUCUCACGAGUACCACCUAAAUCCUGAGUGUUUGGGCCAUAAUCACAACGCAGAUGAGAUGCCACCUUACGUGGCAUGUCGGAUCAAGAACAAAAAAGAGAAGAAGCUGAUAACGGCUCACGCUCCGACAGUCAGCCCCGAAGGCUGUUCAAGCAGCCCUCACGCAUACACUAGCAAUGUAUCAGGGACCCCUGUGUAUCAAGAAGGGUACCAUUCCAGCUUCUGUGACACCCCCAACAACGAAGUUGCUGAUAACCAAGAAGCAGUUGAUGCUCAAGCCGAGAUGUCAGUGGAAGAGUUAAUGGAAUCGCUCCCGCCAUUGCAGCCUCUGGAUGACACUUCAUUAGACUACAACAACACUCUCACCUAUCAGCCACACGCAGAAGCAGAGGAUGGAUCAUCGACCUUAUUUGAUUUCUCAUAUGACAGCUACGGCGAUGAGCUUGACUAUGGCUACAUGCCAUCUCCAUGCAGCAAUUUCGCAAACUAUUCCAGUUUCGACUGGGGCAAUGUCUGAUCACUUCUCUACUACAACGUGCGACAACGGUUAAUCAUAAUUAGCUAGGAGUGUGUGUUUUUACUUGAGAUGUAUUUAGUAUUGUUGAGUGUGGCUUCUGGAGUGAAGU